AUGGCCCUCAAGCUGAAGUCAGCCAAGAAAUUGUUCAUUUUCUUAGGAAAAUCAGCGUUGGCUCUUGUGGAGGCUGUAAUUUUUGCUAUAAUCCCAAAGCCACGGAAGAAUGUUGCUGGUGAAAUCGUACUUAUAACAGGCGCUGGAAGUGGACUCGGAAGGCUCCUAGCCCUCAAAUUUGCCCAGCUUGGAUCAGUGCUUGUGCUCUGGGAUAUCAAUCAGGAGAGUAAUGAGGAGACCCGCAAGAUGGCUGGGGAAGCUGGAGCCAAGGGGGUCUAUGCCUAUACCUGUGACUGCAGCCGGAAGGAGGAGGUGUACAGACUGGCCAACCAGGUGAAGAAAGAAGUUGGUGAUGUUUCCAUCCUGAUCAACAAUGCCGGAAUCGUAACAGGCAGAAAGUUCAUGGACUGCCCAGAUGAGCUUAUAGAAAAGUCUCUUGAUGUGAAUUUCAAAGCACAUAUAUGGACUUACAAAGCCUUUCUACCUGCUAUGAUUGCUAAUGACCAUGGACAUUUGGUGUGCAUUUCAAGUUCAGCUGGAUUAACUGGAAUAAAUGGACUGGCAGAUUACUGUGCAAGUAAAUUUGCAGCCAAUGGAUUUGCCGAAUCAAUAUUUUUAGAAUCACUUGCCAAGGGACAGAACGGGAUCAAAACCACUAUCGUGUGUCCAUUUUUUAUAAAAACCGGAAUGUUUGACGGAUGUACUACUGGCUGUCCUUCUCUCUUACCGAUUCUGGAGCCAGAAUAUGCAGUCAGGAAGAUAGUAGAUGCUAUCUUGCAAGAAAACAUGUACCUGUAUAUGCCCAAGUUUAUAUACUUCAUGGUGUUUUUAAAAAGCUUCUUGCCCCUCAAGCUGGGGCUGCUUUGGGGUGAGUACUUGGGGGCCUUUAAUGUAAUGGAUGGCUUCACUGGCACCAGGAAGAAAAACUGA